AUGGCAAGAUUGAGCAGUGCAAAUGUAAAACUUGUAUUCUUCUUGUUGACUGUUUUAUUUCCUGUCACCUUAGCUAAAGAUACUUCUCGUUAUGAUACUGUUUAUGCCUGUGAAGGAAAACCUCUUAAAUUGGAAUGUAAGGAUGGUGAAAUCAUUCAUUUGGAUAGGGCUAUAUAUGGUAGAUAUUCUAUUACCGUUUGCAAUGACCACGGUAAUACGGACUGGAGUGUCAAUUGUAUGUCCACAAAUACUUUACCACUACUGCAAGCCAGAUGUAAUGAAAAAAGAAAUUGCAGCAUACAAGCAAACACAAGUUUAUUUUCUGACCCAUGCCCCGGAACUAUGAAGUAUCUUGAGGCACAAUAUCAUUGUGUUCCUGCAUCGUUAUCAACUACAACACUCAGACCAAAUCCUCCUUGGUUAAUAACUUCACAACCUAGUGUUUGGAAUGCAGAUAAAUUAUUAACUUUGAAACCUGCUACACCAAUCCCACCUAUUUUGUCUUCACCACAAUUAGAUGAUAUUGUUGGGUCUAGUGUAGACGAAGAGCCUGUAUCAGUUUCUGUGACUACUACUAGUACUAGUACGACUGCUACACCAGAAGUUUCUAUUGUUGUUAAUAAUUAUAAAGAAAAUAAUUCCAAGACUGAUAAUGAACACUUGCAAUCAACAGGUGCAAUAACGACUGAAUGGAUUGUACCUACCAGUGAUUUGCCACCACAGUUAAGCAUAAUUGAUGUUGAAGGAAUGGAUGAUAGAUUAUCGUUGUCAUGUGCUCCUGAAACAUCAAGAAGUUUAUUUUGGAAUUGGACUAAAUCAGGAGAAGAAGCUGUACAACCAUGUCCUGGUGGUGCUGCUGGUCUUGCCAGAUGGAGAUGUCAGACUUAUAUUAAAGGUGUAACAUUUAGAUCACCUCCUACACCAGAUCUUUCAGAGUGUCGUUCAGUAUGGUUAUCAAGUUUAGAAGGUAGACUUCAUCAGGGAGAUUCUAUUAUCAGUAUUGCAAAUGAUCUAUCACAGGUGACUGAUAGUAAACCAUUAUAUGGAGGUGAUAUGAUGACUACAACAAAAAUGUUACGAGAUGUUGCUCAAAAAAUGGAAAAAGAUAUGGUUACGUUUCCUGAUAAGCAACAACAGGAGGCUAUGGUUACUGAUUUAUUACAAUGUGUGGUACGGAUUGGCAGCAAUUUGCUUAAUGCUUCUCAAUAUCCUUCAUGGAAGGACCUGACAUUUAGUGAACAAAUGCGUGUUGCAACAAGUUUAUUGAUUGGUCUAGAAGAGAAUUCAUUUCUACUUGCUGAUAUAAUGAUGAAGGAAAAGACAAUCACUCAUAGUGUUCAAAAUAUCCUAUUGAGUGUACGGGUUAUUGCUACACAAAAUGUAGACACUGAAGUAUUUCCACAUUCAUAUUCAUCUAAUACAGGAUUCUUCAUGAAUAACACAUGGUUACAAUUGCAUAGAACAGCAUUACUUGAGAAUAGUGAAGCAGGAUUCAUAAGACUUGUUUACAUAGCAUUUGAUAGUCUAGAAAAUAUUUUACAACCGCAAUCAAGCAAUGGUCUUAGAAUAAUAAAUAGUAAAAUAAUAUCAGCAUCCCUUGGUAAAGGAAAACAUAUUCAAUUACAUCAACCAGUAAAAUUAUGUUUUCAACAUCUUCAAAUCGACAAUGUUAGUAAUCCUACUUGUGUAUUCUGGGAUUAUACAGAAAAUGGAUGGUCAGAAGAAGGAUGUUCCGUUAUAUAUUCAAAUCAAACUCAUACAUUAUGCAAAUGUAAUCAUUUGACAAAUUUUGCUAUAUUAAUGGACCUUAAAAAUUCCGGUAGUGCACCGUUAAGCAUUGCAACAAAUAAUAUGGUCAUGUACAUAAGUUGUAUAUUUUCUGGAAUUUGUUUUCUAUUGGCCGCAAUUACUCUACAACUAACAGUUAAAUCAAAUCGGACAGUAAUAUUGAAAAAUGUAUUUUUUUGCCUUUUCUUGGUUGAAUGUUUUUUUAUGUUUGGAAUCACACAAGAAAAUAUUGUAUUUAUUUGUACAAUCAUGGCAGCAAUUUUACAUAUUUUAUUGUUGUGUUCAUUUACAUGGACACUAAUUGAAGGUUUCCAUUUAUAUGCUACAUUAAUUGAAGCAUUUGACUCGGAAAAAUUGCAAAUGCGUUUAUAUUAUUUAGUUGGUUAUGGAGUUCCAUUGACAGUGGUUAUUGUAGCUUGUUAUGUGGAUAACACUUAUAUCUACAACACAAAUAAUUCCUUCUGCCUGCAAGCAAAUACUAUUAUUAUUUAUAGUAUAAUGUUUGUGGUUUCAGUAAAUCUAGUCUUUCUAUGUCUAUCAUUAUAUAUUAUUAAAAGUAAUUCUUCUAUGAUGUCGGUCAAAUGCAAAGAAAAUGUUAAAAUAACAUCUCUGAAGAUGUGGUUAAAAAGUGCUAUUUUAUUAUUUGUUUUCAUAACAUCAACGUGGACAUUAGCAUUUCUAUACAUAGCAUCAUAUUCAACAUUUAUGUUGUAUAUAUUUUCAGCAGUAAAUUGUUCGCAAGGAUUGUUAAUAAUAAUACUUUACUGUAUUAAAAAUAAUUCAGUGUAUAAAGUUUUUUCUGAGUUAACUAUAAUUUCAUUUUUACCGUGGCAAUGCUGCUUAAUAAAUUCUACACCAGAAUUGAAUCUCAAUUAUAAAAAUCAAAGGACUAGUUUGUAUGGUACAUCGGUUGGCCAAAACAGUCAAGGCAGUAUAGCAGAGUCUUCAACACCAAGAUCUUUGUCAUCACAUAGAAUGAAUACAUUUCACCAACCUCACGAGCGACAUGCUGUAACAAAAGUUGUUGAUAUCCAAAAUGAAAUGGACCUGCCAAAUUUGGAUAAUUCAGUAUGUAAUGAAGAUCCAAAAUCUGGAAUAUGUGGUGCAACGUUACCUUACUCCCGUUCUUGCCAAAAGAGUUAUUCUCGUACCAAAUUGCCAAAAAAUUCUGCUGUAUUCAGUAGUGGAACCCUUCAUAAACAGUCAUCGCAGAGUAAACCAAAUAUCCAAGAUAACUGUUUUACACUAAACAAACCUAAUUAUGUACAUAGCAGUCGUGGGACACCCAACAUAUGUUCACUUCGAUGUAAUACUAUUGGUGAUGGUUUUGUUGACAACAAUUGUUCAUCAAAAAAAUAUAUUGGAGUAAGCGGUGUACGAGCUACUAGUCCAUGGAAUCACACAUACUCUGAAAUUAUGGGGGGUAUAUCUGCAUCUGCCGGACUAGAUGAUCCUGUGUACGAAGAGAUAGAACGAGAACGUGAACGAGAGCGGGAACAAGCUGCUCUUGUGUCUGAUUUGAGCGAUGAAGACGGUCGACGAAACAGUGAUAUGAGUCGCCAGUCAUCGAAGAGCUAUGGUGACCAUAGGCCUCUUAUUAUGGCUCCCACACAAAACCCAGAAACUCACAAUUUCCAUACAGCUCUUAACGCUGCAUUUAGGCAACAGCUUAAGGAACAAACAGCCAGGACAAUUGCCGUACUAGACGGGCAAACCGUUGUGUGUCAUUUGCAACCUGAGCAAAAUGAUGUAUUUAACUCUCAGACUAUUCAACAUUAUUCAUACGAAUGUUGA